GAAUAUUUGUGUUCAUCCUUAAAAUCAGUUCAACGAUACCAAUAACCGAUAAAGAUAACAACUUUGAGGCUAACAGGACCCUGAAACUCCGCCCCGCUUUUUCUGGCUAGCUAUGGAUCUGUGCGAGAAGCAAAAAACCCUAGUCAUGCAUUCCUGGGAGCUAAUGCGGCCAAACCUUGGAAACCUCAGCGUCCGAUUCUUCACAGAGGUUCUGGACAACAUCCCCGAAGCGAGAGACAUGUUCUACUUUCUCAAAGACUAUAAGGAUUCCCCUCACAACAAUCAGAAGCUGAAGACUCAUGCUCUUGUUGUCUUCAAGCUGACAUGCAAUUCAGCAGUUCGGUUUCAAGAGAAGGGUGAUAUUGCCCUCUCUGAGGAUGCCCUAAAGAAGCUAGGAUCCAUUCAUUUGAAGAAAAAUGUAAAGGAUUCUCACUUUGAGGUGAUGAAGGGGGCUCUACUGAAGAUUGUCCAUGAGGGAGUCGGUGAGCAAUGGAGCGAUGAAUUGGGCAAGGCAUGGGGAGUUGCUUAUGACAGACUGGCAGAAGCUAUCAAGAUUAAGAUGAAUGAAUAGAAGAGGAUUUGAGCUCUUGUAGUGUUUUUCAAAUGAAGGAAACCAUGUGUCACUAGUUUGUCUGUAAGUACGAUUUAAUCAAGGCAAGUUGUUGUUUUAUA